AUGGAGCACACGACCGAGGACAAGGACAGACAGCGGCACAGCCUGACCUUGCUGAGCAGGCUGAAGAGCAUGCGCGACUCGGCCGAGAUGGUGGACGUGGUGCUGGUGGCGGAAGAGGAGCGCUUCCCCUGCCACCGCGUGGUCCUGGCCGCCUUCAGCCCCUACUUCAAGGCCAUGUUCUCCUGCGGGCUGCUCGAGUGCGCGCAGGGGGAGGUGGCCCUGCACGACGUCCCGGCCCAGGGCGUGGCCGCGGUGCUGGGCUACAUGUACAGCGCCGCCCUGGACCUCAGCCCCGCCAACGUGCAGGCCGUGGCCACGGUGGCCCGCUUCCUGCAGGUGGAGGACCUGUUCGACGUCUGCCAGCGGUACAUGGCGGAGCACAUGGACGCCGCCAACUGCCUGGGCAUCUACCACUUCGCCAGGCUGAUGGGCGCCGAGGACCUGCACGACCGCUCCAGGAGGUUCCUGCACCAGCACUUCGCCGAGGUCAGCCUCCACGAGGAGAUCCUGGAGGUCGACCUGCGCCAGCUCCUGGCCCUGGUGCAGUCGGACGAGCUCAACGUGACCCGGGAGGAGGGCAUCCUGGACCUGGUCCUGCGCUGGGUCGGCCGGGACCAGGGCGCGCGCGCCCCGCACCUGGCCCAGCUCCUGCAGCAGGUGCGCCUGGAGCUGGUGGCCCCGGCCUUCCUGAGGGAGGCCCUGCGCAGGAACACCCUGCUCCUCAGCGACGCCGGCUGCAUCGACCUCCUGCAGGGCGCCUUCAAGGCCCUCCGCGCGCCCCGCCAGCGCGCCCCGCCCCUGCGCUACGGCAUGGAGACCACCAGCCUCCUGCUCUGCAUCGGCAACAACGCCUCGGGCAUCCGCUCGCGACACAGGAACUACGGGGACGCGAGUUUCUGUUACGACCCCGUGGCCAGGAAGACCUACUUCAUCUCGUCUCCCAAAUACGGGGAGGGCUUGGGGACCGUGUGCGCUGGCGUGGUCCUGGCAGACAACACCCUGAUCGUGGCUGGGGAGGCCACACCCUCCAGGCUCUCGAGACAAAGGAGUAAGAACGUGGAAAUCUACAGGUACCAUGACGGAGGGAACCAGUGUUGGGAGAAGCUGUCCUCCACCGAAUUCCGGGAGCUCUAUGCUCUGGGCAGCGUCCACAAGGACCUCUAUGUCGUAGGAGGACAGAUGAAAGUCAAAAACCAGUACCUCGUCACCAACUGUGUGGACAGGUACUCCGUCGAGCGCGACACCUGGAAGAGAGUGUCCCCCCUCCCGCUGCAGCUGGCCUGCCACACCGUGGUGACCGUGAAGGAGCAGCUCUAUGUGAUGGGGGGCUGGACCCCGCAGAUGGAUCGCCCCGACGAGGAGCCUGAUCGGUUGAGCAACAAGCUCCUGCAGUACGACCCCGGCCAGGAUCGGUGGCGGGAGCGGGCGCCCAUGCAGUACGCCAAGUACCGCUUCAGCGCGGCCGUCCUCAACGGGGAGAUCUAUGUGCUGGGGGGAAUCGGCUGUGUGGGUCGAGACAAGGGCCAGGUUCGGAAGUGCCUGGACGUGGUGGAGAUCUACAACCCCGACGGGGACUUCUGGAGGGAGGGCCCGCCCAUGCCCAGUCCCCUGCUCUCCCUCCGGACCAACGCCAGCAGCGCAGGCGCCGUGGACGGCAAGCUGUACGUCUGCGGGGGAUUCCACGGAGCAGAUCGCCACGAGGUCAUCUCCAAGGAGAUCCUGGAGCUGGACCCUUGGGAGAACCAGUGGAAUGUGGUGGCCGUCAACGUCCUCAUGCACGACAGCUAUGACGUGUGCCUGGUGGCCAGGAUGAACCCCCGGGACCUCAUCCCGCCACCCUCGGACCUGGUGGAGGAAGAUGGUGGGCAUCGAGGCCCCAGCGCCCGCUCCCCCCGGAUACGCCCGGCCCGAGGUCCCCGCUCCCGGGCAGAGGUCCCCUCUCCCACCGAGGUCCCCUCGCCCGGCCACGGCGGCCCCCUCGGGUCUCCCCCAGGGGGAGCGGGCUUGGCCCAGGGACUCCGGGUUACUCCCCGAGCCGCCGCAGCCUUCCUCCGACGAGGUCCCUUCCGCAACCAUCUGUCCCCGCUGCAGGGGCCACGCCUGGCCGGACCCGCCCGUUUGCCGAGCCCGCCGCCCCCGCCCCGCCGGGCUCCGGAAGCGCCACCCACCCUCUGCGGUCGGCUGCCCCCGCCGAGUCUGCGCAGCCGCAGAAGCCCAGCUCCAGGCCCCGCCCCGGCAUGCCCCGCGCCCGCUUCCCGUCGGGCCUCGGGGCCCCGCUGCCUGCCGGGAGUUGUGGCCUCGGCCGAAGCGGCGCGGCGGCCGGCCGGCGCGCGUGGCAGGAAGCGGAAGUGGCCUGCGGCCCGCCCCCGCCCCCGGCCCCGCCCCGCGCCGCGCCGCUCUCCGCCGGGUUAG